UGCAACAAAAACAACAACACGGAAGUCUGUAAAUGUAAAUAGACGGAACUUGUUGCAGAGACGGUUAAAAAUACAACAAAUCGGAGUUGCCGAGUAGCAGAAGCAAGCAGCCACAGGAGAGCCACCAGCUGGUCAACUAAAUGCGCAUCAAAAUGAAUUGCGAAGUGCACGAGCAGCAAAAACAUCAGCCACAGCAACAACAGCAGCAACAACAGCAGCAAGGCAGCAACAAGUUGCCAGUGAGAAAGCAGGAGAGCUGCUCCGACGACGACGAAAGCCUCGGCCCCAGCCUCAACCGGACGGAGCGCCAGAAUCUGGAGUUCGCCAAGAAGCUGGGCUACAGCGAGCAGUCCAUCCACUCGGCGCUGACCCGCCUGGGAUCGGAGGCCAAGCAAAAUGAGCUUCUGGCGGAGCUGAUCAAGCUGACUGCCGACGCCCCCCGACCCAGUAAUCCGGGGACCAAUAGCAUCCCCUCCGUCAGCAAUGCCAGCCCCGCUGUCGGCUCGAUAAGCACCGCCCUGCGACACAUCGUCAUCGAUGGCAGCAACGUGGCCCUGUCGCACGGCAACAACCUGGUCUUCUCCUGCCGCGGCAUCCGCAUCUGUGUGGACUGGUUCCGGCAGAGGGGUCACCGCGACAUCACUGCCUUCGUGCCGAAUUGGCGCAAGGAAUUGGCCAACAACAACAUCGCCGACCAGGAGCUGCUCUACGAGCUGGAACACGAGCGCGUGCUGGUGUUCACGCCAUCGCGACAUCUGGACGGCAAACGUGUGUCCUGCUAUGACGAUCGGUUUAUCCUCAAGCUGGCCGUGGAAACGGACGGUAUUGUGGUGUCGAACGACAACUACAGGGAUCUGAUCCUGGAGAGCAACGAAUUCCGGAGAGUGGUGCAAGAGCGCCUGCUGAUGUACUCCUUUGUGAACGACAUUUUCAUGCCGCCCGACGAUCCGCUGGGCAGAUCGGGCCCCAACCUGGACCUAUUCCUCUGCUCGCAGACGCAGCAGAAAAUGGUGGAUGCACAGCAGCUGUGUCCCUACGGUAAGAAGUGCACCUACGGGCAGAAGUGCAAGUUUCGGCAUCACAAUCAGGGACCGCUGCUCCAGCGCCUGCCGCUUCAGGCCUCCCACAGCGCUCCCCUGCACAGCAAUGGGGGCCAGCAGGUGCUCAGUCCGGGUGUCAACAACAACAUUAAGAUCAGCUCGCUCAUCAGCCGGGAGCCCCUGGGACGCACUAAAUCGAAUACCAUCGAGCAGGUGUGCCAGGGCUUCUCGGCCCAAAUGGACCUGUCCGAGGGUUCGGCGGAUUCCAGCCAACCGAAUCGCCACAAGAAGCUGCAGCGCCAACAGCCGCCGCCCGCCUAUCGCCUUCUGGUGCCCACCUACAGUGCACCUCUCCAGCAGCAGCAGCAGCAACAUCAACAGUCAAACACGUCCAGCUCCAACUAUCACCAUCAGUAUCUGACGCGCACGCCCUCCGCCCCGGUCACAGACCAGGGAUUGGUACAGCCACUGCCCGCUCGCAACUUUGUCCACCUUUCCGCCUCCGAUUCGCGCAUCAAUGAGGAACUCCACAGCUCACACCAACUGCCCCGGGAGGAGCAGCGUCGUCUGCUGCGGUAUCACUUGGGUAGUCUAUUUCCGCCGCACCAGGUGCACGCCGUCCUGCAGCUGUAUCCCGAGGAGACCGACGCUAAGACCAUCUGCGCAGCUAUUCUUAAUUUAUUUCCGCAUAAUUAG